AUGUCUGACGAUCAUCACGAGCAACACACUUUCGAAACUGCCGAUGCUGGUGCUUCUCUUACUUUCCCUAUGCAAUGUUCUGCUUUGAGAAAGAAUGGCCAUGUUGUCAUCAAGGGUAGACCUUGCAAGAUUAUCGACAUGUCUACCUCCAAGACUGGAAAGCAUGGCCACGCCAAGGUUCACUUGGUUGGUACUGAUAUCUUCACUGGAAGAAAGUACGAAGAUCUCUCUCCCUCUACUCACAACAUGGAUGUCCCCAACGUCUCUCGUCAAGAAUAUGCUCUUCUCAAUAUUGAUGAUGGUUUCCUUUCCUUGAUGCUGGCUGAUGGUUCUAUGAAGGAUGAUGUCAAGCUCCCUGAAGGUGAACUCGGAGAGAAACUCGAAGAAGAGUUUGAAGAAGGCAAAGAAUUGAUUGUCACUGUCGUCUCUUCUAUGGGUGAGGAACACGCUUUGGCUUACAAGGAAGCUCCCAAGUCUUAA